AGCAGACGACGGUUGAUGAUAUAUAAUAAAAGAGAACUCUGAUCUCUCAGCGUAAUCUUUGCGUUUCCAUCGUCCUGCACGAGCCAGAAAUCAGUCACAUAGUCUUUGAUCGGCAGAAGUAACACCGCACAAAUGUCUUCUGGAAACGAUUAUAUAUCCUCGCUCUUUGGCCUGCAAAGCAAGAUGGCCCUGGUUACCGGGGGCACCCGAGGAAUCGGUCAGACUAUGGUCCUGGCCCUGGCUCAGGCCGGAGCCGACAUCAUCCUCGUCCAGCGAGCCACUUCCACUCCCAACUACGAGACCCGCGAUAAAGUCACCGCGCUCGGUCGUAAAGUCCACAUCGUCGAGUGCGACCUCGCCGACAAGGCGCAGGUCAAAGGACUGUGCAAGAAGGUCACCGGAAGCGAGGGAGAGGGCGGGAUGGGCUUGGUCGUAGACAUCGUCGUCAACUGUGGUGGUAUUCAGCGACGGACGCCGGCGGAGAACUUCCCGGACGAGGAUUGGGAAGAGGUCCUUCAAGUCAACCUCUCGACGGUUUUCACGAUCUCUCGAGACUUUGGCAAACACAUGCUCACCACCCGAGGCGGUGUCUCGGGUGAGGAAGUACCUUCCCAAGCCAGUUCGGCGGAUUACGGUGGACGAGGCAGGGGGAAGAUCAUCAACGUCGCCAGUCUGGUUAGCUACCAGGGUGGUUUGACGGUACCUGCAUACGCUGCUGCCAAACACGGUGUUUGCGGAAUCAUCAAGGCCUUGUCCAACGAGUGGGCGUCCAAGGGGAUCAACGUCACCGGCAUCGCUCCCGGUUACAUCGCUACCGAUAUGAACGAGGCUCUGAUCGCGAACCCUACCCGAUCAAGACAGAUCAUGGAGCGCAUCCCGGCUCAACGAUGGGGUGCGCCCAGCGACUUUGAGGGAGCCGUGGUCUUCCUUGCUAGUCGGGCGAGCGACUAUGUUAGCGGGGAGACGCUUGUCGUUGACGGUGGCUGGAUGGGACGAUGAGGGAGAGGCUUGGACAGUAAGGGCUCCAUGCCAUCUGGUUGUACAUUUAGGGAUGACUACUGCGAAUACAUAUACAUCAACAUCAAUCCG